CACCGGCAGCGCCGAUCUGUUGGGAGACGUAUAGCAGCCGCGCGGCGGAAGAGGCAGAAGCCAAGGCAGCGGGACAGUCGAUGCCUGGGAGGCAAGGAGCCGCCCUACAGAAGCAGUGCAGAGCUCUGGCAUGGGACUUUGCCCUGGCUGAACAGAACCCGCAGGCCGAGUAAACACCAUGGAAGACUUUUUGCAACGCACCAAAACAAAGCUGAGUCGCAAUAAACAUUUGGAUAAAGUACAUGUAGUCCUUGGAAAGAAAUCCUGUGAUUUGGAUUCAAUUAUUUCUGCUUUAGCUUAUGCCUACUAUCUUGAAAAGGUCAGUUCAUCUAACAUCAUAUGUUUGCCAGUAUUGAAUAUAUCAAGAAGAGAAAUCUGCUACCACCCAGAAACUAGAUUUAUUUUGGAGGAGCUGAAUAUCCCAGAGACUCUCCACAUCUUCCGUGACGAAAUCAAUUUAUAUCAACUGAACAGCGAAGGAAAAUUGCUUCUUACGCUAGUGAACAGCAGUACAUUGACAAGUGAAGAUAAAAUUUUAGAAUCAGCUGUUGUCAAAGUCAUCAUCCCCAAAGAGCAAAAUGAGUUGCUAGAAUCUGCUACCUGUCUUGUAGCAAAAGAGCUCCUCCAAAAGGCUCCAGAAUUAAUCACUCAGCAACUGGCUCAUCUUCUCAGAGGGAGCAUUCUAUCAAAAGUCAUGAAUGAAGAUGCCCUCAAGAUUCCUGAAGAACAGGAAGAAAUUCUUUCAUGUUUGGAGGAGAAAUUUCCAGAACUUUCCUCCCGAAAAGACAUUAUCACCUUCCUUCAGGAGGCACAGCUGCAUGCCGAUGAGCUGAGGAUUGAGGAAGCUUUGAUCAAAGAUCUUAAAGAGGUGUCAGAUGGAGAAAUAAAAGUAGCAGUUAGUACCAUAUAUAUCAAUUUGGAGGAUUAUCUGUUUCACAGAAAUAUCAAUGAAGACCUGAAAGCAUUUGUAGAUAAAUAUGGUUUUGAUGUCCUUGUCAUUUCGGCCAGCUACUUAUCAGAAGGACAAGAAAAAAAGCAAAUAGCAGUUUAUUCAGAAAAUAUGGAGCUAGGAAAUCAGAUUUGCUGCGAAUUAGAAGAGUGUCAGAAUCCAUGCCUGGAACUGGAUCCUAUGGAAUAUGGAUGUGACCAACUUCUUAUUUACCAGCAAGAGAAUUACGUAGCAAAUGGUGAUGAAAUUUUUUUGCUAAUGAAAGAUGUUAUCAGCAGAAGACAUCCUGAAAUGGCACCAAAUAGUAGAACAUCUUCCACUGAAGCUGUGGCUGGAAGUGCUCCACUUUCUCAAGGUUCUUCUGGUAUUAUGGAACUAUAUGGUUCAGACAUUGAACCACAACCAAAUGUUGUGAACUUUAUAGAAAACCCUCAAGAUCAUAAUGGAUCAGUGCAAGCCCAUGCGGAUGUUAACAUAGAUCUUGUGAGUCCUGACAGUGGUCUUGCUACUAUUAGAAGCAGCAGAUCAUCUAAGGAGAGCUCCGUUUUUCUUAGUGAUGAUAGUCCAGUAGCAGAAGGGGGUGCAUCUCAUCACAGUUUUCUUUCUGGAUUUGACUCUUAUAGUCCCAUUCCUGAAGGAGCAGUUGCUGAAGAAGAAAAGCCUCCAUCUAGAAAUAGCAGUGACAAUUAUGAUCUUUUCAAUUUUGAUUUAGCACCUAUGCCAUCAGUUGAGACAUUGUCUUCACAUUUGGCGGGCUGUUCUGUGGAUGAUUUCUCCCAUGACAGUGGUUCAUCAGAAGAACAGUUGUCAGCUAGUUCAAAAGCAGAUGACAGGACAAAUCUAUCGGAAUGUGAUAUUGCAAGUUAUUCAAUAGACUUUCGAAGAAGAAAUGAGGAGGAUGAUAUAGUAACAUUGAAUGAAUCUGGCCACCAAGAAGAAAAUCAUAGAAGUUUCUCUGAUAAUAAAUCAAAUUUGGUUGACUUGGAAAAUGAAUUUUCCUCUUGUACAGAAAUCUUGAAAAAUGGUGAAAGAAGAACUCCACCAACCCCAAUGAAUAGCCUUGUAGAAACAUCACCUUUAGAUAGUGGGCCACCUUUAUUUUAUCCACAAGAUAUAAUUGAAAGAAUUAAUGAAAUUGAUCACGUUAAAAAUCCUCAUUCUCACAUUAGAUAUGGGAGCUGGUGGGAUGGUUUUGAAUUAGAUUCCAAAAAUGUUGAUACAUGGAAUUCAACUGAGCCAGAAUCUGUAUUUCAGAGUCCUGAUUCAUGGAAAGAUUAUAAAGUAAAUAUGUUACUGAGACAGCAAACUGAUAGAAGAGCAUCAGAUUCAGCAUGCAUACAAAAGCAACCAAAACAUAUGGAAUUUUCUAGAACAGAUACUUGGAAAAAACCAUUUAGCCCUGCCCAAAAUACUUUGGAGUAUCAACAGAAAGAUGAUAAACAGCAAAUAGAAGAAUUUGCUAAUGUGUGGAACUCCAGUCAACCAGCUUGUGGAGAGUGGAAUAAUAGUGGACAUAUAAAGACAAACUUGCCUAAUGUUUGGGCAGAGUUUGAUCAUGAUAUCUCAAAAUCCACAGAACAUCCAUGGAAUGUUCCUCAAGAGGAAUUUGAUCACUUUUCGCAAAAUUUUGAUAAAUAUUCUACGUCUAAAUCUUUGCUGGAAUUCUCUGUAGAUAAUUUAAGUGAAAAUCCAAAAAAUCAAAUUGAUUUAAAUUUUCAUAACAACAGGCAAGAUAGCUCAUUAGAAAAUCACACAGCAUAUAAAAAUGCAAAAUCUAGUUUUGGCAUAAUGCAGAAAGAUGUUAAAGAAAAUCAUAGUAACACCAAGUCUGACAAUACCACUGUAUGGGAUCCCUGUGAUUCAAACAUCAGGAAAGAUAUGCUUGGAAACCUUGGCUCUUGGGAAGAUCCCUUCCUGUCAUACAAAGAUCCAGAAUUUUUUACAUCAAAUACAGGUGAAGAUCUGAUUGUUUCUCCACCAGAUACAAACUAUUCAACAUCUGAUUCAUAUGUGUCACCCACAGGUGUUGCAGAUGAAAAAGAAAGUGAAGACAAAUAUUCUGAGGGAAAGCCAAUCUUUGAUCAAAUAAGAAACUCAAAUUCAGAUGAAACUGGAACAGAAAUAUAUGAUUUAUCAGAUAAUAAAUCAUUGCCACAAACAUUUCCUGUAUGUUCAUCUGAUUACAGCGAAGCUUGGAAACCAACCCUUAAUAAUGAAAAAAAAGUAGAAGUUGAACCUUCGGACCUUAUUAUAAAAAAUGCUGUUGUAUAUGAUUCAGAACAAAAAGUUGCAGAACUUUUUUCAGGUGACUAUGAUGUUGAUGACAGUAGUCCUUCUGAAAAUAGUGGAAUGAUGUUGAUCCCUGCACAAAAAGAUAAUAAUUCCCCUCUAAGUAGUAUCGUGUGCACAACAGAAGAAAAUGGUGAGAGGAAUAAUGAAAUCAUUUUUGAAGACAUAGGAUCUCCUUGUUUUGAAUCAAAUGGUACAGAAAAUGACAUUUUAGUUAAUUAUCAACUUAGACAAAACAAUCAAUUAGAUCAAGAAAGUAAACUUCUGAAUAAGCAAUUUGACCAAAAGGUUGAGCAUCUUCAGCACGAUCAAAAAGUUGCAUUGGAAGAUAACAGCUUAACUUAUUCCUCAACACUAGAAGUCAUUGAAAAUAAAACUAUUGUAGGGUCAUUCCCUCUUAAUGAUAUUAGAAAUGAAACAAUGCAAAAUGACAUGCCAUUGUCACUUUUACUACCUCUUUCAUAUGUUAAUAGUUCAGAAGAAAGCAGAACAAUUUCUGAUUAUCCCAGUUCACCAGAAAAAACAAUAACUAGUGGAAGUCUGGAAGAAGUAGCAGCAGAACCACCAGAAGUAAAUAUACCAUUUUCCAAUUGGACUCAUCUUAUCACAGAGAAAAAGAAUGACAUAACCCAAGACAGUAAUGCAAAACAUGUCAUUACAUCUCCCAAGGAAGAUAAUGAUAAUUUGGAUCAUUUUAACAUGACUGAAUAUCCAAACUACCAUUCAGGAGGAGUGUCUACACUAGUUUCUAAACCUUUUGAUAAAGAUCUAUUUGAACAAAAUAUUCCUGACAUGGAAAGUCCCUCUUCAAUUUCUCCCAGAGAAGAAUGCAAUCAAAGGAACCAUUUUCCAAUGAUGGUUGAAAAUGAAAACAUGAUUAAUAGCUCAGAAAUGAAUGCUUCAGAGUCAGAACAAUCAAAUCUUUUUUUUGCUGAAGAACAACCAUCAACAGGGGAAGAGUCAACCUCUAACUUGAACACUGAUAAAUUUGAAUUGGAGAGUUGUGGAGACAUUUCAGAAAUGUUGGACAUUGAAGACACAACUUCAAAUGAUGAAAGUCAAGGAAUUUCACAGAAUCUGUACACAGAAGAUAUUGAACCCCUGGAUACAACAGAUAAGCCACAACCAAGCACUUUAUUACCGUAUAAAACUGAUUCUUCUGAAUUAAGUGAAACUCCUGAAAGUGUGGAGAGUGAAAAUGAGUUCACUCAUGAAAAAUGUAUUGAUAUUAUACUGCAUCAUGAAUUGUCCCAAAUCCUUGAUGCUUGGAAUACAUCAGUGAGUGAAGAAAUGCAGUUUGCUGGAUUAAGCCCUAUGAAGAAUGAAAUGUCAGAAGGAUCAAGUAACUCCCCUGCAAAUACAUCCCUCAAAAUUACUGGUGAGGAAGAUAAUAGCAGUGGCGGGUCCAUUAAUAAUGAUAUAUACUCAGGUCCAACCAGCCCAGAUAUAAGUGAUUCUUUAACUAAUAUACAUACCAGGCAGAAUUUUCAAGGAAGCAAUACUCAGAAUGAAGAUAUAUGGGACGCUACAAAUGAUAUCAAAAUAGAUGAAUCUGGAAAGGAAUUCCUUGAAAAUAAAAGCCAAGAAGAUUCCGAAACAAACACUGAUCACAAAGUACCUAAAAAUUUAGUUCUUUGGAAUGCUCAUGUGGAUGAUGAUGAUACAUCUUCGUUAUCAAGUCCUGGGACAGAUGAAGUUUCAGAAUGUUCAAAUAUACAUCAGGGAGGAAUAGAGUCAGAUUUAGACUCUGACAAAUUGGGGGAUGCUACGAGAGAGAAUGAAUCUUUGCAUUUUCAUGAAACCAAUCUUAUAGUUGGUUCAAAAAAUUCAAAUGGUCAACCUAAGUUGAAGGAAAAUGUUCACCCGGAUGCAUUAAAUGAAAUCUCUGAAGAUGUUAAUAUUAUAACAGAAAACUAUGCCCAUGAAACAUCUGAAUAUUUUAUAGAAAGGGAAAUAGAUCAGGAAGAUGUACCUAAUCACAUUGAACAAACAUCUGCUUUAAACAAUGAAGAAAUUUAUAGUCCAAAUAAUUUAGAUGCCUGGGACAUUCUGUUGCAAGAUAGUGCAAAAAGUGCAUUAGAUAAAAAUAAAAAAUCCAUAGAAGAAUGUUUUGGAUUUCCAGAUGAUACAUGUGAAUGGUGGAAUUUGGAAAAACAAAAUGAGAGUUCACUUGGAUUUAAUUCAAGGAAUGAUUUACGAAGAAACUAUGCAGGAGUUAUCCCUGAUAAUACAUGGGCAGUAAAUCCAAAAAUAAAUGAAAAUGUUGAAGAACCAAAUCUUACAGCUACUUCCACAUAUGAAGAAGAAUCUACACAAUGUAACAAUAUACCUGAAUAUAAAAAUGAGGAACCUGUACUGACUCAUUGGUAUGAAGGAUCAGAUCAAGCUUGUGCAAACAUUGGAGAAUAUGAUGGACUACCAUGGUCACAUAUUGAUGAAACAGAGAGAAGACAAGAUACAUCCCUUAACACUGUUAAACAAACUGCUCCAGAAGACUGGCAGACAAGCCUGUUAAAUGCUGUUGCACAGGAAGAUCUAAAACUUGAUCCAAAUCUGAUAACUAGAAAUAAAUUUGUCCCCAGAAUAAUAAAUCAGUACAGUGAAAUGCAGCCAGAGACUGUUAACACAUCUCCAUCUGAUCCUUCACAAUCUUUAACAAAAUCUUUGAACUCAACACCUACUGAAGAAAGAAUUGCCCAAGGAAAUCCAUUUGUUCCUGACAUAUUACAGAACAGCACUCCAGGAAACUGCCAGAUAUUUAGUAUUGAUCCAGAUUUGUGGACUGAUGUAGACCAGCCCUUCAUUUUGAAAACUAGCAAAGAAAAUCCAGAUAUAUUAAAUCACUUUGAUCAAGACAGCAGUUCGCAGGCCUCAAGCAGUCCUGACGUUUGCCAGUAUGAAAGCAAGGAAACAUAUGCACAAACCUCUGUCCUAUCUGAGCAUGAGGAGCUUGGUGUGAUGUCCCCCAUCUUGUUAAAAGACACUGAUUUUCAUUUUAAUCAGCAACUGGCAAUGGACAGAAUGGAAUUAUGUCCUGAAGAAAACGACUCAUGUCUUUCAAAUAAGUAUGAGACAAUCUACCAAGGAACAUCUCCAAAUGACAACCUAUCUGAAGUUGAAAAAGAAAAUAUUACUCAGGAAUCGGUUUCGGCCACAGAUAAUUUUAUGUAUGAUAAUUUUCCUAGAAAUGAUCAACUUUCACCCUUUGGCCAUGUAACAGGACUAGUUGAACAGCUGGAAACAGUGCAUACUGCACUUGAUGAUACUGGAAAAGAGUAUAGUAUGUAUAACCAAUGUAUGAUGCUGAAUGAAACUAAUCCUUUAACAGUCAUUGACGAAUCAGAGAAAACCGAAAUUCAUCCAACACUUACAAAGAAACAAUCACCACAAGACUCCUUAGAAGAAAAUGAUCAACUUUCACCCUUUGGCCAUGUAACAGGACUAGUUGAACAGCUGGAAACAGUGCAUACUGCACUUGAUGAUACUGGAAAAGAGUAUAGUAUGAAUAACCAAUGUAUGAUGCUGAAUGAAACUAAUCCUUUAACAGCCAUUGACGAAUCAGAGAAAACCGAAAUUCAUCCAGCACUUGCAAAGAAACAAUCACCACAAGACUCAUUAGAAGAAAAGGAAGAAGAGGUCCUAUAUAAUACAGAAAUACAAUAUUCUGCAGAUAGUCUACAACAUCUUCAAAAUACACAAGAAAGUUAUAGUGCAGAGUUUAUAGAAUUACCCCAUAAAGAAUUAACACUAGAAGUUGUUUCUCCUUUUGGUUUGGACACUCUUCAAAAAGAUGGCAUGAACAUUUCAGGAUCUAACACUAGUAUCAUAAAAGAUGAUGUUGCCGAAUAUUCUCAACAGGGUUGGGGAUCCCUGUUAUUAGAAUCUGAUGGGACUCCUGGAUCUUCGUGUACUUUGAAAGCAUUUGAAUUUGAAACAGAUUCAAGUAACAUUGAAUCUCCGGUUGCAGGCAGUGAAAUUGACAUUUUGGAAUCUAAAGCUACCGAUUUAAAAAACAAGGUUGCAGAAGAUCAAGAAAAUCAAGGCUGGGAGUCGUUUUUAUUAGAAUCUGAUGAGAAAUCGCAACCUUCAUGUGUUUUUAAGAAACCUGUGCACAAAAUAUAUUCAGCUACUAUUGAUUCACCAACUAGUGAAGAUGAAAAUAAUCUUUUAGAAAAAAAAUCUGAUGAUGUAAAUAGCAAGGCUAGAGAAAGUUCUGAAAACUGGGAUUCUUUGUUGCUGGACUCUGAAGUAAUUCCUGAGUUAACAGAAGAUUUGAACAAAUGUGAAUACAAAGCAAAAUCAACUCAUAUUGAUUCACCAGCAGAUGGAGGCAUAAGCAUAGACAACGAAGCUGUCUGUGAUGUAUUUAAUUUUGAUAGUAAAGAGACCAGGUUCCUAGAAAGGACAAGAAAGGAUGAAAAGGAAGAUAGACAAUUACAGGAAGCAGAAGAACAGUCUUCUUUAGAAAUGGACUAUGUCCUCAUUAGCGGUGAAGAACAUGUAUCUUUGACAAAUGACUUAUUGGUAACCCAAGAAAGCAAUGUCCCUUCAGCAAUUGCUGAACAAAUGGAUUUUCUUGAAACAUUUUCAGCAGACUCCUCGGAUACAUUACAGUCAAUCUCCAUAAUAAAUGAAAGUGAAGGACAGUCUACUCUGGAGAAUGAAUGGGACUCUUUUUACCUAGAGGAGAAAAGUUUUGCUGCUGUGCCUCAAAAAUGGGAAGGUGAAAAGAAAUCACCCAGCAUCCUUGUACAAGACCAGGAGUGGACUAUAGUAGGCCAAAAUGGAGAGCAUGAAGUAUCAUCUGAAGAUAAUUGUAGUAAACCAGUCACAAUAGAGUCACUAUGCAGACAAUCUAUUAAAGAAUUAGACAACGUUUUAAGCCAGGAACUGAUCUCUGAAACCCAAGCUGAAAUUCCACUAGAUAAAAGCUCCUACCAAGCCUGGGAACAACAGGACAAGAUUUCAUGCGAUACCAAAACAGAUGCUCCUUUCUUGCAAGUAGUUGCUAAUGAUGUUGAAUUGGAUGAUCAUCCACAACAACCUCUUGGAGACAGCAUGGUUAAAGAACAAAAAAUAGAAGAUGAGACUUCAUCUGUGGACAAUACAAGACAUAUCCAUCGAAUAGUAGG